AUGGUCGCCUUUCCACCCCAGCAAGUCCAGCAGCCAGCAUUGCAGCAGCAACCAGUACUGCAGCAACAGCAGCAGCAUUAUUUUCGAUUCAAGGAGUUCCCACAGUUCCAAUCGGCUGAGGUGACGCAGCAAUUCCCUCCACCAAACACUGUCAAUACCCAAUUCCAGCCUAACCUAGUACAUCAGGCUCCACAGGUCGCUCCUCAGCAGCAUAUUCCUAACCCACCGUCUGCUCCAAUUAAGGUCAACAAGGAGAAGUUCCUGCGCAGUGAAACGCCAAAGAUUUACGAUCAGCAGUUCAGGAUCAAGCUGAUGUGUUAUCACGCUUGUAUCAGUGGAGAAUGA